AUGGCAGAGGCUAUUGUUUCCUUUGCUGUGGAAAGGCUAGGUGACCUGUUAAUCCAACAGGCAAGUUUCUUACAUGGGGUGAGCGACAAAGUUACUGAAAUUCAAGCUGAGCUAAGGACGAUGAAAUGCUUUCUGAGAGAUGCAGAUGCAAGACAAUAUGAAAGUGAGGUUAUUCGCAAUUGGGUUGCAGAAAUCAGAGAGGCAGCUUAUGAUACCGAGGACAUCAUAGAGACUUAUGCCUCCAAGGCUGCGCUGAGGAGCAGGAGAAGCGGCCUCCAAAACAAUCUCAAUAAUCUCAAGAGGAGGGAAACCCAACAGUAUGCUUGCUUCUUAUCAGAUUUUAAAGCACUCCAUGAGGUUGGGACAGAGAUUGACGCCAUAAAAAGCAGAAUCUCCCGUCUGACUGCAAGUUUACAAAGCUAUAACAUAAGGAGCAUAGCAGAAGGAGAAGGCUCUGGUUUCAGAACUGAGAGCCAACGAUUGCCUAGGAGGGCUUACUCCCAUGUUGUCGAUGAAGAUGCAGUUGGGGUGGAGGAUGGCGUGGAGAUUUUGGUGGAACAGUUGAUGAAACCAGACAAGAUAUGCUCGGUUGUUUCCAUAUACGGCAUGGGGGGUCUGGGAAAGACCACUCUUGCCAAGAAGGUUUAUCAUCAUGCUCAUGUUAGGCGCCAUUUUGACCAUGUUGCUUGGAGUUCCAUAUCUCAAUACUUCAAUGUCAGAGAUGUUGUACAAGGAAUAUUGAUCCAGCUCACCUCUGCUAAUGAAGAGCACAAAAAGAAAAUCCGCAACAUGAGGGAUGAGGAGCUAUUCGAGAGCGUGUAUAAAAUUCAAGAGGAAAAGAAAUGUCUUUUGAUUCUGGAUGAUAUGUGGAAAAUAGGAGACUGGGAGAAUCUAAAACCUGCCUUUCCACUGCAUAAGGCGGGUAGUAAAAUACUGCUCACCACUCGGAUCCAAGCAGUGGCUUCAUAUGCGGAUCCACAAGGCUUUUUGUACCAACCAGAGCUUUUAUCUGAGGAGAAGAGUUGGGAGCUUCUUCGAACCAAAGCAUUCCCCAGAGAUGAUAAGAGAGAUCCGACCACUAUUAACCAGAUGGAGUUGUUGGGAAAGGAAAUGGCUAAAUGUUGUGGAGGUUUGCCACUGGCGAUUGUUGUGCUUGGAGGACUUCUGGCUACAAAACACCAUACCUAUGAAUGGGAAAGGGUUCAUAAACAUACUAAAUCAUACUUGAGAAAAGGAAAAGACAAAUACGAGCAGCAAGGUAGUGGAGUGUCGGAUGUGUUAGCUCUCAGCUACCAAGAUGUUCCAUACCAAUUAAAAUCAUGUUUCCUCUAUUUGGGCCAUUUCCCUGCGGACCACGAAAUACACACAAAAACUUUGGUACAAAUGUGGGUGGCCGAAGGGAUUGUGUCACGAGUGGGAGAAGAAACAUCGGAGGAUGUUGCAGAAGGGUAUCUCGAUGAGCUAAUUGGAAGGUGUAUGGUUCAAUAUGCGAGAUUCAUCGGUAAUCCCCUGGGUGCUGAGAAAGACUGA